AUGCGGUGGAGGGGCUCGUAUCCAGACUGCGUUCCCCUAAAGCCCUGUCCACUCGAACACCUUCUAGUGGGCGCCCACUCUAACCAAACCGUUGUCACGUCUAUGGAUGGCCUCUAUUUCUAUAAUGAGAGCCAAUACUAUGCGGUCGACGGCACAGAAGUGAGCUACGGGUGCGCUAAUCCCGGCGCCGGUAUAUUGGUUGGCAAAGGGGGCAGACAUUGCCUCAAGACUGGGAUCCCAACGAAACGACACGUUUUCCAUGACUACGCGAAUGGCAAUUAUUUAGCGCGCUAUCAAUCGCGACAACUACUGGCCCGCGGGUUACUCGGGUUAGUGGGGGUCAGGUAUAGCGUCAGCCAUAAUUCACACGCCAUAUACGAGAGCCCUAUUAUGUGA